CCAGGUCGAUGACUCGCGUCUCGUGUAUCAAAAUUGGUCGGUGGCACUAAGCGCAUGAGCUCGCUUAUGGGUCUCCCGUCCCUUCUCCUCCCUUCCCAGCCGCCUCCACCCACCCUGCUUUGUUCUUCGAUCCAGUCUCGCCAUUCCUCUCCCUGGCUCCUUUCUCCAUGGCUGAGCUCGAGGGCUCCAACUCCACAGCAGGCAUUGCCCUUUGCGUCGCCUCCACGCCGAGGGCCCUCCGUUCGCAGCCGCACGACGCGCGCCGCGGUGGUCGUCCGCGCCUCCGCCGGAGAUUCCGCGGCGAGGGAGCUCCGGAGGAUCCUUGAGACUCCCGGAAUCCACCAGGGCCCAGCUUGCUUCGAUGCCCUCAGCGCCAGGCUUGUGCAUCGGGCAGGGUUCCAAUUCUGUUUUAUGAGCGGUUUUUCAGUUUCAGCUGCUCGUUUGGGAUUGCCUGAUGUUGGUCUUAUAUCUUAUGGGGAAAUGGUUGAUCAAGGACGUCAAAUCACUGAAGCUGUAUCUAUUCCUGUGAUUGGCGAUGGAGACAAUGGUUAUGGCAAUGCUAUGAAUGUUAAAAGAACGGUGAAAGGAUUUAUUCAAGCUGGCUUUGCAGGAAUAAUUAUUGAAGACCAGGUAUCACCAAAAGCCUGUGGCCAUACUCGUGGAAGGAAAGUAGUCUCUAGAGAGGAAGCAGUUAUGCGCAUAAAAGCAGCUAUUGAUGCACGAAGAGAGAGCGGAUCUGAUAUUGUUAUAGUAGCACGGACUGAUUCUCGCCAAGCUGUAUCUUUAGAGGAAUCACUAAGGAGAUCAAGAGCCUUUGCUGAUAUUGGAGCUGAUGUAUUGUUUAUUGAUGCACUGGCUUCUAGGGAGGAGAUGAAGGCUUUGUGUGACAUAUCUCCUUUACUUCCAAAAAUGGCCAACAUGCUUGAAGGUGGAGGGAAAACUCCUAUAUUGAAUCCUAUUGAACUUGAGCAGCUCGGUUUCAAAAUUGUGAGCUACCCAUUAUCUUUGAUUGGCGUUUCAAUCCGAGCAAUGGAGGAUGCACUUGCUGCUAUAAAAAGUGGGCGUGUUCCUCCUCCUGGAAGCUUGCCAUCAUUUGAUGAAAUUAAAGAUACACUGGGAUUCAACAACUACUAUGAAGAAGAAAAGAGAUAUAGUAUAAAUCCUGUUCAUCCAUCCUAUCAAAGCGGUACAGAAUAUUCGCCUCGAACUACCACUGCUUAUAGCACUGAGCUGACAGCUCAAGUAACACCUGAACAAAGCCAAAGAACAGACAAUUUGAAUGAACCAGUUGUUGAAGUGGUAACUCCAUAUGUCUAUGAUAAUUACAGUUCAGAUGAUUCAAGGAAUCGUCAGUCCAGAAUAUUGUCCCGUACACUUAGAUUGAAGAUUACUGGGAGAGAUGGACUCGAGAAGCUUGAUGUCAGAAUACCGGCUGGUUUCUUGGAAGGUUUGACAAGAGUUAUACCAGGCUUGGGAGGUGUCGAUAUCAUGCAAAAGUUGGAGGAUGCUUCUGUUGAUGACGGCGCCGAUAGCGGUAAAAUAUUGCUCGAUCUCAAUGAUGCCAUGGGAGAGAGGAUUCAAGUGUUGGUGGAAUGAACACGUGUCUGCGUUUUAGCGCUACUUUCCCAUAGCCUCAAAUCACUUUAGGAAGUUUUUUAACGUCAAUCGUUUAAUAGACAGUAUGUUCCUUAAAUUAACAGUGGAUUUUGAUCCAUUUCAUAGUCGUGAAGAAUGGUGAGAACGGUAAAGACAUAUUAUUCAGUAAAUUUUACUUUAUGAAUUCUGGUGUAAUGGGAAAAUUAGUAGCUUCCUAAUUGAAGUUGCAAAGCAUUCUUUAUA